AUGACCCCAACCCUCUCCGCAGGCAACCCCUCAGUCUGGUACCGUCCCGACUACGGCGCCCGCCUCAAGCCCUCGACACGAUUCGUCUACAACAGCUGGAGCGAGAUCCCGGACGAGGAACUCCCCUCCCACCUCCACAACAUCCGCAACCGCGCCUGGCCGCUAGGCAACUACCCCUGCAUAGGGAUGUGGAUCUUCCUCCUGCCAGGACUAGCCGGCUUCCCCGAAUUCGAGACCCUCGUCGCGCGCGCGCGCCGCUUACCGGACGAAUCAUCCGUAAUCCUCGACCUCGGCACAGGACUAGGCCAGGACCUCCGCCUGCUGGCUGCCCACGGCGUCCCGACCACGCGCAUGGUUGCCCUCGACCGCGAGCCCCGCCUCUGGCAGCUGGGGUACGAGCUGUUCCGCGACGAGGAUCGCAUGCAGGCGCGGUUCAUCGAGGGGGACUUCCACAGCAUGCCGGACGCGGCGCUGGCCCCCGUGCAAGGGAACGUCGAUCUGGUGAUCGCGGCGCAGUUCCUGCAUCUGUUCAGCCGGGCGGGCCAGCGGGCGGCCUGUCGGCGGAUCGUCGCGCUCUCGAGGCCCGGCACCACGGUCGUCGGGUUUCAGCAGGGGCGGCGGAGGCCCGUCGAGUAUGUUCGGCCGUGGGGGGUGACGUUCUAUCAGAAUCGCGAGUCUUUCGUGAAGAUGUGGGAGGCGGUGCAGGCGGAGACGGGGACACGGUGGGAGGUGGUGGUUCGGGAGGUCGAGUUGGAGGAGUGGGGGAUGGAGGAGGAGGAUGUCGCGUGGAUGGAGGGGGUGAGGGUGGGGAUUGAGUUUGUGAUUACUCGGGUGGCGUAGGGGUUGACUUUGAGAUGCCGUGUGCUGGGCUGGGCUGGGUCGAAGAUUUUUCGGUGUGGUGUAGUUGGAUAGAGGGGUGCUGAAUAUUGGUAUGAUUAAUGAGGUACGAUUUUUAUGAGACUUGUCGGGUUUGGAGGGUGGUAUUAUGGUGCUGGGAUGUAUCGGCUGCAACGUACGGACUGUGAUGCUCCUUCCUCCUUUUUCUGACUAGGGGUUGCUUGUCACAUCUUCAUGUCUGGCUAAUCACCUUGGUGGCUUGUCUACAAUCAACAGACUCGGUGAUCUUCCUCUGGGGCAUGAAGAGAUCUGAC